AACUGCACCCCUCAACUCUCACACCCAGACCCAGCGCCCUUUUUCUCUUGCUCCGACGUUUGUCACCUCACUCCCCAAACCACCACCCAUCCAGUCGUUCGUUGUGUUCUUUUUCUUCUUCUCGCUCGUCUGGCCCUGUCUCGGCGCCUUUGAUACCCUGUUGUCUCCCUCGUCACACGGCACCAAGCGUCUCUGCUCAAAUCUCUUUACGGGCCAUUGACACCCCCCACGAUCGUUCUUGUCUCUCCGUCCCACAGCGAGGUCCCCGUCUGGAUCUGCGCUCCACGCCACACCCCCCCAGCGACUAGCCCACUGAAGUCUGCUCCGCUGCCCACACUCGUUUUUAACCCUCCACCUUACAAAGAACUUCAAACGGAGACUUCUUCUGAUUCUCGCGGCACCAAGGAGCAAAUCCUAACUCUAAUUCGAGUGUCAUCGCACAACAUCUAAACACCGGUCAUCCUCCAUCGGAGCGGCUUGCCAGAAGCUCGCCUCGCCCAGGGGCUCCAGCAGCAAGCAAGCUCGCCUCGUCGCUCCCCUCUUCACCGUCGCUCCAGCACAGCAGCGCAAGUAGCGAUGGAUCUGUACUACGGCCGUCCGGUGGCCGGCCAGCCGUCGGCGGCGUCGACAGCACAGGGCACGCCCACGCACAGGCCAACGACACCCGACGAGCGCAACCCCUUCGGCGAUGGCCUCGAGUCGCAGGCCUCACACAGGGCGGGCCCGCAGGCCGGCAACGGCGGCACCAACCCCUUCGGCACCCCCUCGGGCUCGCGGCCCGAGUCUACUGUCGGCUCGGCCAGCGGCAUCAACCGAUUCGAGGAGCGCGCGCAGCGCUACUUCCAGAGCAGGAGGGUGCGCAAGGGCGAGGUCGAGAAGCCGUGGCUGGCCAAGACAGACCCCAAGGAGAAGUGGGUCACGAUCCUGCCCAUCCUCGGCAUCCUCGUCGGCCUGGGUAUCUCGGGCUUCCUGGUCUGGGAUGGCUUGAGGAGUGUGGUCCACCACAAGUACAAGCUGGUCCUGGACGAGAACUUUUCGCAGGGCCUGCGGAGCGAAAUUUGGAAGAAGGAGGUCACCGUCGGUGGCUUUGGAAACGGCGAAUUCCAGCAAACCACUGGUGGAGACGAGAACGUCUACGUUGAGGGCGGUGUGCUCAAGAUCAAGGCGACACUGCAGGACGAGACUCUGAUUGCGAAGGACAGCGUGAUCGACCUCACCGCCGACGGCACCUGCACGUCAACUCUGUUCAGGGACUGCUAUGCCGCGACCAACACAACCAGCGGCAACGCAACCAUUGUUCCGCCUACCAAGUCCGGUCGCAUCAACACCAAGGACAGCAUCUCGAUCAAGUACGGCCGUGUCGAGGUGACGGCCAAAAUGCCCCUAGGCGACUGGCUGUGGCCCGCCAUCUGGAUGAUGCCCGUCAACGAGACGUACGGCGCUUGGCCGCGGUCGGGCGAGAUCGAUAUCAUGGAGUCGCGCGGCAACGACUACCUGUACGCCCAGGGCGGCAACAACAUCAUGUCCUCGGCGCUGCACUGGGGCCUCAACGCGGGCACCGACGCCUGGUGGAAGACCAACAACAAGCGGCAGGCGCUCAAGUCGACCUACUCGUCCGGCUUCAACACGUUCGGCCUCGAGUGGUCGCAGAACUAUCUGUUCACCUACGUCAACUCCCGCUUGCUGCAGACCAUGUACGUCAACUUCGACACGCCGCUGUGGAAGCGCGGCAACUUUCCCGAGUAUGGGGGCGACGGUAAGAAGCUGGACAACGUCUUUGCCGAGCAAAACCGUAACAACGUCCCCUUUGAUCACCGUUUCUACUUGAUCCUCAACGUCGGCGUCGGCGGCACAAACAACUGGUUCGAGGACGGCAAGAGCAACAAGCCCUGGCUCAACUCGUCGCCCAACGCCAAGAAGGACUUUUGGGCGCAGCGCGACGUCUGGCACCCCACCUGGAAGCAGCCCCAGAUGGAGAUCAGCAGGGUCCAGGUAUGGCAGCAGGACGACGGCAACGAGGAGCUCUAAGUGGUUCCGUCUCGCCAUUUUCUUGUAUUCAGAUCUUGCCCUCCUGCAUGUCCAACUCUCGUUUCUACGUUGGAGCUACAAAUAGACUGGUAUCGUCGGCUUUUCUUUGGACCUUUUUUUUUUUUUUUUUUUUUUUGGGAAAUUCGUUCCUCUUUUGUCUUGUCAUUUGUGCUUCACACAGCAAGUGGCCAGGUGUUUGGAUACACAAUGGCAGGUGCGUUUGGAGGCUAUAGAGGGAUUCGACGACGCCUUUCACGGACAGGUGAUGCUCUUGGUUUCGCAGAAGGUUUGAAGCGCUCUGGUUCCUGUUCAUGCUUCCAUCGGGUCGCCUGCGUAUCUUUUCUGUUACUUUGGUGGUCUCAUUUUCCGGGAUAUUUUCUGUUUUUCUCACUGCUGAUUGGUAGGCACAGCAAUCAUGUUCUCUAGAGUCUUAUCUACAAUGACCAAAAUCCUAAUACUCUCCCACAGCACCGUCCAUGGCCGACCACUAUGUUCUAUUGAGAUACCCGUGGCCUAUGCAGUAUACCUGACAUAUCACCCGCCAAUUCCAGCAUUGCACUGAUGGACGCAUUUCCCCAGUUGUAACGAGCCACCG